AUGCCUCACAACCUUACAUGUGACAAAAACCUGGGUGACCUCCUCAAUGACCUCAACACUGUGAACUCUACUGAUUUAGAAAGUAUUGCCAGCAGUGCUCAAAUCCUGACAUCCAAACCUGAAAAUCUCAGUGCUGAGAACAUCACCGUUGCAGCCAAUAUUGCUAAAGACCUCCUGCGCAACAGUGCAUCAGAGGGAGUUGUCAUUGCAGCAGUGACCACCAUCAGCCAGCUCCUGAAUGCCAGAAAUUUAGACCUCUCUUCACAGACCCGCAAUGCCACAGAGAGUAAGUCCUGGAUGAACAAUUCUACUGUUAUGCUGGUGUGCACCUACUUGUCCCUGCUGGUCUUCAACCUCCUGUUCCUGAUCAGUGCCAGCAGUGAUCCCACGGCAGGGGUGGACAAUGCAAUUAGCAAUGACUUCAACGACCGUAACAUCCCCCUGUUGUCAGACCAGCACAUUGACCCUGAUGUGGGCUACUGCACAACAAAGACAGCCUUAAUGCACUUCUUCCUGCUGGCCACAUUCACCUGGAACGCAAUAUACGCUCUGCAGAUGCUACUCACUAACCUAAGGAGAGUGCAACUGAGGCACAGCAAGUCAUCACAGUUGCGCCUCAACAUGAUGACUUUGACAGCUGGCUGGGCAGAGUUAGUUUACUUCAUUGUUACAACCACAAUGCAAACAAGACGUGCAAAUCGGCACAAUAUGCACAAUCCAAACAACUGGAACAUCAUGAAGCAGUUCCUUAGCUCCCUUUCCCUGGCUGUGCUCCUUGGUCUGUCGUGGCUGCUUGGGUAUCUGAUGCUAUUGACCCAUGACUCAAAAGUUCAUAAUGUUCUAAGCAUUAUCUUCUGCAUCUUCAACACCACCCAGGGCUUGCAGAUCUUCCUUCUAAUGCCAGACUGGGGGCAGGUCUUCAUCAAGAUGCAUUCUUUACCCCCUCUUGUUGUUGUUCUCCGACUGAAUUCAAAAACAUAUCACAUCCGACCUCACCAACACAAUGCUCCCCAUGAUGUAUACAGGAGGACUGAAACCAGCUUCAGCUCCAGCUUUCAGAGCUUGUCUCCUUCCCAGGACUGGCACUCAGAGCCAGAAGAGAUGCAAUGCAAAACAAUGGAAGACAUCACAACCUUGUUGUUCUCCACCUUGGAAGAGUUGGUUAAAGAUGAGCUGAAGCGAUUCAGAUUCUAUUUGUCCCAGAAGAACCUUCUGGAAGGAUACAAACACAUACCCAAGGGUCAGCUGGAGAAGACAAGUCCAACCGACAUUGUGGCGAGAAUGGUGGAGAGCAAUGGGAGGCAAGGGGCACUAGAGAUCACUCUUUACAUCCUGAAGAAAAUGACUCAGCUGGAGCUCGCAAGCAGACUGGAGAAAGCAUGCAAGCAAAGUAAAAUUAUUUUCCUUUUCAAAAAAGUCAUGAAGAAAGCACAGGUGGCUCUUAAAUAUUGCCUGACUGCAAAGUAUAGAGAGAUAUCAGAAGGUGUGGCCAAACAGGGAAACAAAACCCUGCUUAAUGACAUCUACACAGACGUCUAUGUGACAGAGGGCGAAUGCGAAGGGAUCAACAGCGAACAUGAAGUAAGGCAGGUGGAGAGAGCAUCAAAGAAGCAGACUUCUCCAGAAAUUGCAGUGCUGUGUAACAACAUUUUCAAACCCUUACCUGGACAGAAAAAGCAAAUUAGAACAGUAGUGACAAAGGGCAUAGCUGGGAUUGGAAAAACUGUUUCAGUGCAGAAAUUCAUCCUUGACUGGGCAGAAGGAAAGUGUAACCAGGACAUAUAUUUCACCUUCAUUCUUCCUUUCCGUGAACUGAACUCUAUCAAGAAUGAACAGUACAGUUUGCUGAAACUUCUUUACUACUUCCAUCCUGAGCUGGAACCAUAUGGAAAUGUUCUCAGGGGUGACGAAAAGGUUUUAUUCAUCUUCGAUGGUCUUGAUGAAAGCAGGAUCCAGCUUAAUUUUCAGCUAAAAAAGUGGUCUGAUGUAUCAGACCCAACUUCAGUGGACGUGUUGCUAACAAAUCUUAUUAAGGGAAAUAUACUUCCUUCAGCUCUCUUGUGGAUUACCACUAGGCCAGCAGCUGCCAGUCAAAUCCCUCCUGAGUUUGUCCACCGGGUAACAGAUGUGCAAGGGUUUAAAGACCAACAGAAAGAGGAGUAUUUCAAGAAAAGGUUCAGUCACAAUGAAGUCUUGUCCAGGAGAGCAGUCACAUAUGUCAAGUCAACACGGAGUCUUUACAUUAUGUGUCAUAUACCAGUCUUCUGUUGGAUCUCAGCCACUGUUCUGGAGCAGAUGUUGGAUGGAGCAGACCAAGGGGGCUCCACUUGCCCAAAAACCCUCACUCAGAUGUACACGCGUUUCUUGCUCAUUUUAUCUAACAUGAAAAACCAGAAAUAUGUUGGAGAUCCUGCCUCUGAGACAAAGAAAGAUGCUGAAAAAGAGAAAGAGAUCAUUCUGAAGUUAGGAAGACUGGCAUUUGAGCACCUAGAGAAAGGAAUCCUUACAUUUUAUGAAGAUGACUUGAUGAAGUGUGGUGUUGAUGUCAGUGAAGCUUCUGUCUACUCUGGAGUGUGCACAGAAAUUUUCAAAGAUUCUGAAAUCACUCGAGGGAAAGUGUUCAGUUUCAUACAUCUGAGCAUCCAGGAAUAUUUUGCAGCCCUUUAUGUACUUCUGACAUACCGAAAUGAGAAAGUAAACCUGUUUGAAAACCAGACACUGGGUCAAAAGUUUUCAAAGCUGUUCAAAAAAAGCUCAUUGUUUGAUUUGCAUAAAGGAGCAGUGGACAAAGCCUUACACUGCAGCAAUGGAGAGCUGGAUCUCUUUCUUCGGUUCCUUCUGGGAAUCUCAAGAGAGUCACAUGAGUCGACAAGCCUCUUGAGGAACCUCAUCACAAAAGCCGAGGCCAGCAACCAGAGUCUUGGAGAAACAAUCAAAUACAUCAAGGGAAAAAUCAAGAAGAAUCCAUCUCCAGAGAGCAGCAUCAAUCUCUUUCACUGCCUGAUUGAGCUUGAUGAUACAUCUUUGGUUGAGGAGGUCCAAUCCUACCUCAGAACAGGUAGCCUAGAGGGAAAGGAAGAAUCCCUCUCUCCUGCACAUUGGUCAGCAAUGGCCUAUGUUCUGCUUAUGUCUGAACACGUGUUGCAGGAGUUUGACCUGAAGAAAUACAUUAAGUCAGAUGAGGGACUUCUGAGGUUGCUGCCUGUGAUCAAAUAUUCCAGGGUUGCCCUGCUGGACAACUGCAACCUCACCAAGACUGGUUGUGAAUCCCUUAGCCAGGCCCUCAGCUCUGAUAUAAGAGAGCUCAUCCUAAGUCACAACGACCUGAAAGAUGCAGGAGUGAAACUGCUUGCUUCUGGAUUGGAGGCUCCAGAUUGCAAACUGGAGAAACUAUGGCUGGAUGGGUGCAACCUCACUGGAAAGAGCUGUGAAAGGCUUGCCAUGGCCUUGCCCAAAUCUCGCUUCCUAAAAGAACUUGAUCUGAGUGAUAACAACCUCCAGGACCAAGGGACAGAGAAGCUCUCAGAGGGUCUAGCCAACUCACCAUGCAAUUUGGAAAUACUACGGUUGAAAUGGUGCAAAAUCACAGAGAAAAGCUGUGAAGCACUGAAAAAUGUUCUCGGAUCAAAAUCAUCUAAACUGAAAGAGUUUGACUUGAGUGACAAUGACCUACACGAUUCUGGGGUGAAGCUGCUAUGUGAUGGACUGGAGAAUUCAAACUGCAAACUGGAGACACUGAGCCUUAACAGGUGUGGACUCUUGACAAUGGCUUGUGAGGCCUUAGCAAUGGCCAUCAGCACCAGUUCUACAAAGCUGAGGCAACUGAGCCUGAAGGACAAUGACCUGCAGGACACAGGGGUGAAGGUCUUGUGUGAGGGACUGAAAAACCACCAAUGCAAGCUAAAGAAACUAAGUUUGUCUGGCUGUAGAGUCACAGAAGGAGGAUGUGCGUCUCUGGCUUCAGCUCUGCGUUCAAACCCCUCACACCUGAGAGAACUGGACCUGAGCUACAAUCAUCCAGGGGACUCAGGAGUGAAGCUGCUAUCUGCUGAACUUCAGGAUACUAAAUGUAAACUGAAGAAGCUUAAUGUGGACCAGAUUGGAGAGAAGAGGAACAAAGCAGGAUUUCUGAAAUAUGCAUGCCAGCUAUCCUUAGAUCCCAACACUGCGCACAAACACCUGUCUCUGUCUGAGGAGAAGCGAAAGGCGAGCCUGGAGGCUGAUCAGACCUAUCCUAGCCAUCCAGAGAGGUUUGAGCGCCUUGAACAGGUACUGUGUGUCCAGGGUCUGCUCAAUGGCCGAUUCUACUGGGAAGCUGAGUGGCGCAGCUGCUGGGUGUCCUUGGGUGUAGCGUACAAGAGCAUGGGUCGCAAAGGUAAAGGUGACGACAGCCGACUUGGCCACAACGAGCAAUCUUGGAGCCUGAUCUGCUCAGAAGGAGGGUACUCUGCCAAGCACAGUGGAAAGCUGAUGGAUGUUCCCCUCCCAAGCACCAAGCCCAGUAGAAUUGGGGUGUACCUGGACUGCCCUGGAGGAAUGCUGUCAUUCUAUAGCAUCUCCUCUGACACAGUGAAAAUGCUGCACUCGUUCCGUUCCACAUUUACUGAGCCCCUCUAUCCCGCAUUCGGCAUUGGGUUGGAAAUCAAGGUUGGGCAAAGUCAUCGUCUCGACAGUUGGAAUGAACCAUCCUAUGUGUCCCUGUGCCAGAUGGCAUGA